AUGGCUACAUUCAUCAAUCCUGGGAUGACGAUGAUGACUGGGAGACCGAGCGGGAUGACGACGACGACGAAUCAGGCGAGGGACAUCCAUCACAUCAUCACCAUUACCACCACCACCAUCCACAUCAUUGUCAUCAUGGCUCUAAGCAUCGCCAUCACCGCUGUCCAGGGCAUAAUCAUGACGAUGAUGGGGAUAGAGACCCAGGGUGUGGCUGCCCAGGUGAUGGAGGCCACGGUGGAGGAGGUCGUGGAGAUGGAGAUGGAGAUGGAGGCGGGGACGAUGACGGCUGUUCACCCCCAAGAAGAGGAGGCUGUCCUGGAGACGGAGAUGGAGAUGGACAUGAUGGUGGUGGCAACAACGGCGGAGGUGAAGACGGAGACCAUUAUCGAGGAGGUCAUGGGGGUGGAGGAGGUCACGGUGGAGGAGACCGUUGUGGAGGAGACCGGGGGGGAGGCCACCGUGGAAGAGGCCACCAUCAUCGAGGAGGUAACCACGGAGAUCGUUCCUGUCUAG